CCUUCUGGCUGAGAGGAGCUACAGUGGAAUCUUAGCAGAUCAACUUCAAUGGACUGGGAAGCCAAAACAAAGCAGAUAAAGAAAGCAUAAGUUUUAUGCGCGCAGAGUGGAAGGAGGUGAUGUUGUGUCCGUGUGGAGGAAUAAGCUGUAGUUCACACGAAUGUUGAGAGAAAUGUAUAAACAGUGGUUAGCUGAUGUAGCCGUCGCGGUGUCUUUAUUCCCAGUGAGGAGAAGGUAAUUCCUCGACAGCAUCACCGAUAUCAGAACAAGCUGUACUCUGUGUGUGUGUGUGUGUGUGUGUGUGUGGGAAAUAAAGUGAAGCGUCGAGCAAAAGAUACUCAACGAAAGCUCUGGAGAAAAAGACAGAGUCAGACCGAGUAAAGGAAAUAAACGAUGCCGCUCCAUACUGAGCCAUGGGAGUGAGCUCUCGGUGAAGAUGAGCCACAGGAGCAGUCCAGCUAAAGCGUACGAUUUCCUGUUGAAAUUCCUGCUAGUGGGAGACAGUGAUGUGGGCAAGGGAGAGAUUUUGGCCAGUUUGCAGGAUGGAGCUACAGAAUCUCCUUAUGGAUAUAACAUGGGGAUUGACUGUAAAACCACCACCAUACUGCUUGAUGGGCGUAGAGUCAAACUGCAGCUUUGGGACACAUCUGGACAGGGGCGUUUCUGCACCAUAUUCCGUUCUUACUCCAGAGGAGCACAGGGUGUUAUCCUUGUAUAUGACAUUACAAAUCGGUGGUCCUUUGAUGGAAUUGACAGAUGGAUUAAAGAGAUUGAUGAGCAUGCACCUGGAGUCCCUAAGAUCCUGGUGGGGAACCGUCUGCACUUGGCCUACAAACGUCAGGUGACGACUGAAAAUGCCCAAGCCUUUGCUGAGCGGCUGGGUGUCACGUUUUUCGAAGUCAGCCCUCUGUGUAACUUCAACAUCACAGAGUCCUUCACGGAGUUGGCUCGCAUAGUUCUAAUGCGCCACGGCAUGGAGAGACUCUGGAGACCUAACAAAGUGUUGAGUCUGCAGGAUCUGUGCUGCCGAUCCAUCGUCUCCUGCACCCCUGUGCACCUGGUGGACAAACUCCCACUUCCUGUUGCCUUAAAGAGUCACCUGAAGUCCUUCUCCAUGGCCAACGGCCUCAACGCCCGUAUGAUGCACGGACGCUCCUACUCCGUCAUAGCCAGCAGCGGCGCGAAGAGGAACGGAACGAAGAAAUCCAAACUCAUCUACCCACCCCUGAGCCCGUCACAAAGCUGUACAAGGACCACAUGCAAGAUAUCAUAGUUGAAUGACACGGUCUGCACCCACAGCAUCGACACACAGUUACAGUUCACGACUUGAAGUCUAUAGAGUUUCACUGACGUGAAAGAUGCUUCCCAGUGGCUAACAGUGUCCAUAAUAUUUUCAUUAGAUGCCUGGGAUGCGUCCUUCAUCUGUAUCUAUAUCUCAACGUGAUUGCUCAAAGAGAUUGAACAGACGUUUAAAAAGGAUUAGUGUCAAGCCAUUACAUCACCGUGUUGUUCAUAUAUGUACAGAAUAUUUCAUCCUGUUUGUAAUUGAUGAUGGGAUUAAACUAUGUUGGCACUGCAGUUUAGCUUUGAGGACAUAAACGGUUUUACUGGACUCAGACUAAGCACAGUGGCAGUGAAAGCAGUCCUGUUUUUAAAUCUCUCUUUUUACAGUGGACCUAGUUGAUAAUACCAGCUUGUUUUCUUACUCUUAUUCUAAUGCUCUUCAGGGUACAUGCAUUGAAAGAACGUCAGUGUUGAGAAAUGCACCUCUUUGUAUUGUGUAUUUAAGUCAUGUUGUUUGAUACGAUGUUGUUAUUCUUAAUUAUUGUAAUGCACAUGAACAGUGACCAGUAUUGUAAUAUUUUAUAUGGAGUGACACCAAAGACAUGGGAGACUGAAGAAGCUUAUCAGUGCUAACACGUUUUGUUACCAAUUCAACACUAAUAUUUCAAAUACACUGCAGAUCAACAGUGAUUCCUAACUAGCUAUCAGGUUUCUUCUUUUUAAUAAA